UAAAGAUCUAGAAACAAUGACGGUUGAUAAUCUCUUGGGAUCUCUUCAAGCUCAUGAAGAAAAACUCAAGAAGAGAAUAAAGCAAGAGCCAUUGGAGCAAGCCCUUCAAACCAAGCUCACCUUAAAAAAUAAAGAGAUUUUUCAAGAGGGAAGAAGUCAAAGUUCAAGAGGGCGCGGUCGAAGCCAAGACUAUGGAAGAGGAGGUUAUAAAACUUUCAACAAAGAAGAGAGAAGUCCACAUUUCUAUCAAUCAAGAGGCCGUGGAAGAGGAGGUUUUUCAAGACCAAGGUAUGAUAAGUAUCAAGUUCAAUGUUAUAAUUGUCAAAAAUUUGGUCACUUUGCCUCCGAUUGUAGAUUGGCAAAAAAUAAAGUUGAGGAGCGAACAAAUCUUGCCAAAGAAGAAGAAGAAAAUUCAACAUUGUUGAUGGCCCAUAAAGGAGGAGAAAGUG